ACCCUCUUUGAAGGUAAAGGAGUGCCGUGAGAAGCUUUCUUCCCCUACGAAAUUAGCUCUCUGUGUUUGUUUCAGGUCUUCGUUUUCGUCUCUGCUUAUCUUAUUUCCCCGAUUUAAUCGUUCUUCCAUUCGUUCACGUAUCUCUUUCGAUUUUAAUUUCAUUUGGGUUGAAGAGGAAAAAAACCCAUUAAUCUAUCUCUGUUUUGCGAUCUCUAGCUUCAUUGAUAGAUCAUUGUUGCCUGCAAAAGCUUGAAAAAAACCCUAAUUUCUUUGUGGUUUAAUUGUUUCGAAAUCGAAAAUGUUGGAUGUGUCUGGUAGUUCUUCUCUGCCUUUGACGUCCUUGAAUCACAUAUCACUCGUAUGUAGGUCGGUGGAGCAAUCUUUGGAUUUUUAUCAAAAUGUUCUUGGGUUCUUCCCUGUUAGGAGGCCUGGUUCCUUUGAUUUUAAUGGAGCAUGGCUGUUCAAUUAUGGAAUUGGGAUUCAUCUUCUGCAAUCUGAGGACCCCGAAAAGAUGACCAAGAAGGGAGAAAUUGAUCCAAAAGAUAAUCAUAUCUCCUUCCAGUGUGAGAGUAUGACUGCAGUGGAGAAGAAGCUCAAAGAAAUGGGGAUUGAGCACGUGCAGAGGGUUGUUGAAGAGGGAGGAGCCCAUGUUGAUCAGCUGUUCUUCCAUGACCCAGAUGGUUUCAUGAUUGAGAUCUGCAAUUGUGACAACCUCCCUAUUAUCCCACUUGCAGGUGCUGAGACAGUUCGUAUGUGUUCCAGAAUCAAUUUUAAGAAGGCCCAGCAGCAGAUUCAGGUCAUGCAACAGCAGCAAACUACUGUUCAAUGCUUACCUACUGCUGCAGUUCAUGUGAAGGAAGAUGACUAUCUAUCUUGUGCAUAAAUCAAGAGGACCUGGACCUUCUUUUGCAAGUUUUGAAUGAUCUCUCAUUCUUAUUUUGUGUGUGAUUCACAUAGUAUUGUAAUUUACAAUAAAGAUGAUUAAAAUAGUCUUGUUUUUUUUUAUCUUUGAUCACCACCUCAUCAGAUCAAUUAAAACCUUGAUCACCAACUGCAAAUUCAAUGAAAGCUUUUCUUUUUUUUGGGUCA